AUGGAUACUGCAGAGGGCGAUGACUACUACUACCAUGACAACAGCAGCUUCAACUUCAGCUACGACGACUACCCCACCAUAUGCGAGAAGGCGGACAUCCGAUCCUUUGCCGGCUACUUCCUCCCCAUCAUGUACGCCAUGUGUCUGGUGGUGGGACUGGCGGGAAACGGCUUAGUCGUGAUCGUGUACGCCUACCACAAACGCCUGAGGACCACCAUGGAUGCCUUCCUGACCCACCUGGCUGUGGCCGACCUGCUCCUGCUCUUCAUGCUGCCGUUCUGGGCUGCUGACGCCCGGAGGGGCUGGGAGCUCGGGUCGGUCGUGUGUAAGGUCGUGUCGGCCUGCUACACGGUCAACUUCACCUGCUGUAUGCUGCUGCUGGCCUGCAUCAGCCUGGACCGCCACUUGGCUCUAGCCAGGGCGCAGGGGAAGGACCAAGGAAGCUGGCUGCAGAGGAUGUUUUGCAGGAGACAUUGUUCCAAGGUGUGUUUCGUCGUCUGGGCAACCGCUUUCAUGCUCGGCCUUCCUGAUUUAAUUCUCUCCGAGGUGAGGUGGGGCUCUAAUCGGAACGUCUGCCUGGCAGUCUACCCUCCGUCUAUGGGCGGAGGAGGUAAAUCUGCCCUGGAGGUAGCAGAGGUGCUGCUGGGCUUCCUGGUUCCCCUCUCGGUCAUGGUGGUCUGUUACUGGAGCAUGGCCCGAGCGCUGAAGGGUCUCUCUGUAGAAAGCAGAGGCAAGAAGUGGAAAGCUCUGCGUGUUCUUCUAAUAGUGGUGGGAGUGUUUGUGGUCACACAGCUGCCUUACAACGUGGUGAAAGUCUAUCGAAUGAUGGACUCGGUCUUCGCUCUGGUGACCCACUGCGGGACAAGUAAAGUGCUGGAUAAGGCUGCUCAGGUGACGAAGAGCCUGGCCCUCACUCACUGCUGCCUCAACCCCAUCCUCUACACCUUCGUGGGCUCGUCCUUCAGGCAGCACCUGACGAAACUGGCAAAGAGGUUUGGUGAGGGGAGAAGAAAGAGGAGGACGAGGAGAAAAGACGUGUCUGCAGAGGGGGAAGGGAUGGAGAUGUCAUUCAACUCCCACAGCGCGUCUCAAGCAACAAACACUUUCUCAAUAUGA